AUGUCAUUUAUAGGAAAAUAGCGUCACUUUUAACUGUUAUAUGCUAAGUAAACAAAGUUGAAUUUUUCUAGAAGGUUGAAAAAAUCAGAUUAAAUUAAAAUGCAAUACUAAAUCAAAAUAUUACAAAGAAAUAUUGUAAUAUUAUUAAGUUAGUAGAAAACUAGAUUUAAUUAAAUAGAUCAAAAAAGGCAAGUCAGCAUAAGCAUUUCAGAUUAAUUUUUUUGCAAUAAGAUUUAUAAUACGUAAUAUUUUUAACUUAAUGUUUUAUUCAAUUUUACAUAGAUUUAAGUCCCCUCACUAUUAAUUGUUAAUAAAUCACUUCCUCUUUUAGCAAAGUAAAGUUACCUGUUUGUUUCUAGUUUUUAAACCAAUCACGCAAGCUGCACGUGCUAGGAAUGA